AUGGCGGACCGUGAGCAACCAGUCACGCUGCGAACGCGCAAGUUCAUUCGCAACCCCCUCCUCGGCCGCAAGCAAAUGGUCGUUGAUAUCCUCCACCCCAACCGCGCCAAUGUCUCCAAGGACGAGCUCCGGGGCAAGCUUGCCGAACUCUACAAGGCCAACAAGGACCAGGUCAACGUUUUCGGUCUCCAGACUCAAUUCGGUGGUGGAAAGACAACCGGCUUCGCGCUGAUCUACGACUCACCGGAAGCACUGAAGAAGUUCGAGCCCCACUACAGAUUGGUUCGCAUUGGGGCUGCCACAAAGGUCGAGAAGCCCAGCAGACAACAGCGCAAGCAACGCAAGAACAGACAAAAGACUCUCCGGGGUACGGCAAAGGUCAAGGGUGCAAGCAAGAAGAAGGAGAAAUAG